AUGGAGACCCCUUUAUCUUCAAGAAGAGUUACUAGGUCACAGACUUUGGCUGCUUCCAACAACGGUAUCCCUGUUUCCAAAGUAAAGACUAAAGGAUCGGAGAAGAGUGCGUCUAAAGCAAGAAUAAGAAAUGGGAAACAACAACAACAAGAAGAAAGGUCUGCGCUAAUUGGUAUAACAAACGAUUCGCCGAUUGUUGGGGUUGUAAUGAAGACUCCAUCCUCUGCUGUAGUAGUUAAGGGUAAGACCAACAUGAUGACGAUGAUGACUCCUGGUUUUGGUGAGGCUUUAAGGGGUCAGGUUAAGACUCUGUUGCAGAAGGUUGAGGAAGAGGCUGAGGUUUCAAAAGUUCCAUUGUAG